AUGUACGAAAUCCUCAAGGCGUACCUUUCAAACUGGUGGCCAUUCAACUUCUCGAUUGCACUGAGGGACAAGAGGUUUACGACAUUACUUUCUCAACCCAUACAGAGGAUACCUCAAGUAUUCACUUCCAGCAGAAUGUUUUCCAACAUCUCAAGUUCUUAUUUUAUUGUUUUCUUGCUUCAGGCCCAAGGACGGAUCUACGGAAAGCUGAAAGAGGAAAAUUUCUUUAAUCCGAAGGAGGAGGUGAAGCUCGAGGCGAACAUAAAGGUCCCAUCCUCCGCUGCCGGGAGGGUUAUCGGCAAAGGCGGCAAGACGGUGAAUGAGCUGCAGAAUAUCACGAGUGCCGAGGUGAUCGUUCCACGGGACCAGACGCCAGACGACAAUGAUGAGGUCAUCGUGAAAAUCGUUGGUCAUUUCUUCGCCAGUCAGACCGCACAGCGCAAGAUUCGAGAGAUUGUGCAGCAGGUCAAGCAGCAGGAACAAAAGCAGCAGGCAGGAGCCAUGACCUUGCAGCGCAGCAAGUGAAGCGAGGCAGAGCUGGGGAUGCGAGCAACAGCUGACGAAUGUAGAACUUCCGACACGUGGACACAAGAGAUCGACAGGCCGGGAACGAACCAAAGAAACGACAGACAAAUGAAACAAAAAAAAAAAGGAUGUUUCCCAACCAAAGGCUGUGGCUCUGCAGAUACGACAGGGGAUUUGUAUGGAGGAAGCAGUGACUGCCGGCAGUCCACCCACAGUCUGUCUGAAGAAUCUCUCGCUUUACUCUGAUCCUUUUUGUUGGGUAACCUAGGCUGAAUUGUAGACCGUUCAGGAAAUUGAGCAGGCACUUGGGCCAUGGUAGUGUGAAUAGGGUUUUUUAUAAUAAAAUUGAAACUAGUUCUGGUUUAACACUGCUUUGUAGAUAACACGUGCAUUUUUUUGUUUCAUUUCGUUUGCUAUUUUUUUUUU